CGCAGGUGGACAUGUAGCAGAGCAGAGUCACAGCUUAAAUACUUCACUAAGAAGCUUACUGUUCCCUCGCAGACAAUCCCCUUCACUGGAAAACUCAAUUUAGCUCUCCAGAGACAAAUACCUGCUGUACAGAGAGGAAAAAACAUUCUCCUGUGAGGGCGUGUUGGUGAUCAUCUGCAGCCAUGUGUGACCAGACGUUCGUGGCGGCCACUUUUGGCCCCUGUGAGAGCUGUAGGCGCCCAAGUCCCCUCAUGAACAUCUACAUUAAGACUGAGCCCAUAAACUACUGCUCCUUCUGUGUGGAAGUGAUGGCUUGUCAGGGGCUCCAAGGAGGGGAAACCGUGGCGAGUCUGAAGAGGGAGAGCGAGAGUCUAAGGAAGAAGCUGGAGGAGGAGCGGAAAAAACUCAGCGACAUAGAGUUGAACCAAGUGGCUGAGAAGAUUGAGGUGUUGGGUCCUCUCUCCAUAAAGACCAGACGUGUACUGAAGGGUCAUGGGAACAAGGUGCUGUGUAUGGACUGGUGUAAAGACAAACGUCGUCUCGUCAGCUCUUCACAGGAUGGCAAAGUGAUUGUCUGGGAUGCAUUCACUCUUAAUAAGGAACAUGGGGUAGCCCUGCCGUGUACAUGGGUCAUGGCGUGUGCUUAUGCUCCCUCAGGUUGUGCUGUGGCAUGUGGCGGAUUGGAUAACAAGUGUUCAGUGUUCCCGCUGUCACUGGACAAAAAUGAGAACUUGUCUGCAAAGAAGAAGUCUGUUGCCAUGCACACAAACUAUGUAUCAGGAUGCACCUUCACCAGCUCUGACAUGCAGAUCCUGACCUCCAGCGGUGACGGCACAUGUGCCUUGUGGGAUGUGGAGAGCGGGCAGCUGCUGCAGAGUUUCCAUGGUCACACAGCUGAUGUCUUGUCCCUGGACCUCGCCCCAUCUGAGACUGGAAACACUUUUGUCUCUGGGGGCUGUGAUAAGAAGGCGAACAUAUGGGACAUGCGUUCUGGACAGAACAUUCAGUCCUUUGAGAGCCACGAGUCCGACAUCAACUGUGUAAAGUACUACCCCAGUGGAGAUGCAUUUGCGUCUGCUUCAGACGAUGCCACAUGCCGUUUCUAUGAUCUGCGAGCUGACCGUGAGGUAGCCGUCUACCAGAAGGACAGCGUCAUAUUUGGUGCUUCCACUGUGGACUUCUCUCUGAGUGGUCGCCUACUUUUCGCUGGUUAUAAUGACUACACCAUCAAUGUGUGGGACGUUUUGAAGGGAACUCGUGCCUCCAUCCUGUUUGGCCAUGAGAACCGCGUCAGCAGAGUCAGAGUGUCACCUGACGGCACAGCGCUCUGCUCGGCCUCCUGGGACAACACCUUACGGAUUUGGUCCUAGAGCUGAUAUCACAGUUGUAAUCCAGUGAGGACAGCGCCAGCACUAUGCGACUGCCAAGACUACCUGCCAGAAACCAACUGUACUGCAGGAGUGUGUACAUCCAAACUUUCAGUGUAACAAACACACAGAAGCACCAAACCUAAAAUGUCUUUUCUGACUGAGAUAUAUCAUUGUAUCAUCAACUGUAUGCUGGAUGUUCAUUGAACAGAAACAGAAGUUAGGAGUUCUAAUCUUUGUUAUUAGUAGCUUCAUGACUGAUUGUAUAAUUAAUUGUUAUUGCUAAUAUAGUGGGAAAUAAUUGUAAGUGGCAUGUGUCUGCUCUGCCAUGUAGAUCUACAGACAAUGUCAAUGAUUGUCUUGAAAAUGAUGUACAUCGGUUUACCUUAGCUGUGGGAACCAAACCUGUCCAGAAUCAUACUAUAGGUGUACACACUGUAAUCUUUGUUGUUACACUGGCAGUCUGCCAUACAGUAGAUAUUGUUGUGAUUAUCCGAAAGAAGACAACUUAAUUGUGGCCACAGAUUUGUCUUAUUUUAAUAUACAUAAACCUCAACAACUUAGAUUAAUUUAUUGUGAGAAAAUAAAGAAGAUUUUAAAUAUU